GCAAAUUAUCGCUUUAAAUGAAUCCGUUUGGUGAGGAUUUUCAGAGAAAAAAGAAAGGUGACAGUGUUUUGGAGAACCCAUCAAUUCCAAAUCCUUUUCCCGAGCUGUGUUGCUCGCCGUUUGCAUCAGUUUUUUCAGCCAGUCUGUUGCCCAAGGCAACUUCAAGAAAAAAGCAGGUAAUCAAAGUGUAUAGUGAAGAUGAUACUAGCAGAGCUUUGGAAGUACCAAGUGAUAUAACAGCCAGGGAUGUGUGUCAGCUCUUGAUAUUGAAGAACCACUAUGUUGAUGACCACAGCUGGACUCUCUUUGAACAACUUACCCACACAGGUUUAGGAAGAGCUAUAGAAGACCAUGAAUUAGUGGUGGAAGUCCAGUCAAAUUGGGUAAUGGAAGAGGAAAGCAAACUGUAUUUUAGAAAAAAUUAUGCAAAGUAUGAGUUUUUUAAAAAUCCACUGAGCUUUUUUCCAGAUCAUAUGAUAUCAUUUCCGAGUGAGACCAGUGCAGCUCUAAGCCACUCUGGGAUAUUACAGAUGUUCCUUAGCUCCAGCACAUAUCCUGAGAUUCACGGUUAUUUGCAUGCAAAGGAGCAGGGGAAAAAAUCAUGGAAAAAACUGUACUUUCUUUUGAGAAGAUCUGGCCUUUAUUUUUCCACUAAAGGUACAUCUAAGGAGCCAAGGCAUCUGCAGUUUUUCUGUGAAUUCAGCAAUAGUGAUAUGUACAUGUCUUUAACAGGCAAAAAGACUUCUGGAGCACCAACAAACUAUGGAUUCUGCUUUAAGCCUAACAAAUCAGGAGGAACCAGAGACCUGAAACAGCUCUGUGCAGAUGAUGAGCAAAGUAGGACCUGUUGGAUGACAGCAAUUAGGUUACUCAAGUAUGGGAUGCAGCUGUAUCAGAAUUACAUGCAACCAUAUCAAGGUAGAAGUGGCUGCAGCCCUUUGAAUAUAACACCUAUGAGAAGCAUUUCAGAAAAUUCUUUAGUAGCAAUGGAUUUCUCAGGACACAGAAGCAGAAUUAUAGAAAAUCCAACAGAAGCCCUCUCAGUUGCAGUUGAAGAAGGAUUAGCAUGGCGGAGGAGGGGGUGUCUCCGACUCAACUCACAUGGUAGUCCUAUUGCCAUGUCUAACAUGGCUAUACACAGAUCUCAGUCAUGGUUUCAUCAUAAAAUCUCUAGAGAAGAGGCUCAGAGACUUAUUUUGCAGCAUGGACUUGUAGAUGGGGUGUUCCUGGUACGUGAUAGCCAAAGUAACCCCAAAACAUUUGUAUUGUCACUGAGUCAUGGAUUAAAAAUAAAACAUUUUCAAAUUGUACCAGUCUUAUUCAGGGGAACAACAACAAAAAAUCAUUAUUUAGUCCAGCUGCUUUAUAGUUGGAAGAUGAUGGGAAGCUGUUCUAUACCCUUGAUGAUGGUCAUACCAGAUUUACUGAUCUCAUCCAGCUAGUGGAAUUCUAUCAACUUAAUAAAGGAGUGCUGCCUUGCAAAUUGAAACACUAUUGUGCACGGAUCGCUCUUUAACCAAAGCAUUUGUUGUUUCGUCAGAGGGAAAGGAAGAUACUAUACUUUUUCCCCUAAAGGCAAUUUGUAUAGCAAAAAGGGUAAAAAACCCACAACCCUGUUGUAUUAUAAAGAUUCUAUGUUUAAGCUGAAAAAAAAAAUUAUAUUCUAUGUAGAUAAGAACUUUGCUUUGUGAUUGUCACAGCAAAAUUAACCUUACGGUUCUGAAAAACUGUUCUUUCCAAUGUAAUUCUUUAGUGUUGUCUUGGACUUUCCGGGUUUUCUUUUCAACUGAAAACAGUUUUGAAAAAUAUCGUGUAACUCCUACAAAAAUAUAACUGAAGGAAGAUCUUUGUUCUUAGGUUUAAAAUUAACUUUUUUCUCUGUAAAUGUUCCUCAUAAUUUCUGUUCAUCACAUAAAAGAAUAACAUUUACUGUGGCAAGGAUAAGGAGCUGAACUGCACAUUUUAUUUGUAAAUAAAAUGAAUAAAUAUUUUGCACUAUAUUUUUGAAUGCUACUUUGAGGAUUAUCAUAUCCAAAAAGUGAAAAAUCAUUAAAACCACUUCUAACUGCUCAUUUGUAUUGAGUUGUGAUAUUCUUGUUCUAGUAUUUUAAGGGAUUUUUUUCUCUAAUCCAAUGACUAAAUCU